AUGACAUUUAAACCAUUUGCCAAAAGUUCGAUAGUUCAUAGCUCGAAUCCACGAUCUAUCGCUGUUGGUGACUUGAAUAAUGACAAUAAAGUAGAUAUGGCUGUGGCGAAUUUUGGUACAGAUACUAUUGGAAUAUUUCUUUCAAAUGGCGAUCAAACUUUUUCAAACGAACAGACAUAUUCAACUGGAUUUGGAUCUCGUCCAUCUUCGAUUGUUAUCAAUGACUUCAACAAUGAUAACUGUUUAGAUAUAGUGGUCGCUAAUUCUGGUACUAACAAUAUCGGUCUAUUUAUUGGAUAUCAUAAUGGAACAUUUCAUCAUCAAACAAUAUUUUCAACCGGUUCUUUUCGUCCAUGGUUCAUCGCUACCGAUGAUUUUAAUCAAGACUAUCAACUGGAUAUAGCUAUUGUCUACUAUAAUACUGAUAAUAUUGGUAUUCUUAUUGGAAAUCAUAAUGGAUCUUUUCAAAGUCCAAUCACUUAUUCUACUGGUUAUGAUUCUUUUCCACAUUCGUUAGCAAUAGGAGAUUUCGACAAAGAUAAUCAAUUAGAUAUUGCAGUCGCCAAUUAUGACACUAAUAAUAUUCAUAUCUUUAGGGGAUAUUUUAAUGGGAUAUUUGCAAGUGAAAAAAGUUAUACAAUUGAUGGUAACUCAAAUCCAUCUUCCGUCGUUCUUGCAGAUUUGAACAAUGACCAUCAAUUAGAUAUGAUUGUGGCCAACCAUGGUACUGGAAAUUUAGGCAUAUUUCUUGGUCAACAUAAUGGAACUUUUGCAAAGCAAAUAACAUAUUUAAUUGGUUCGAAAUCGCGUCCACAAUUUCUAAGUGUUGGUUAUUUCGAUAAAAAUAAUUAUCUGGAUGUUAUUGUUGUUGAUUCAGAAAAUGAUCAAAUACAUGUUCUUCUAGGUUGUGGAAACGGAACCUUUUGUACAUUAACUACAUAUGAUUUGAUCAGUGGAUCUAGUCCAAUGAUGGCCGCUAUCACUGAUUUUAAUAAUGAUAAUCAAUCAGAUAUUGCUAUUGCCAACUAUGGCACUAAUUAUAUAAUUGUAGCCAUUGGAUAUUUCAUUGAACCAUCUGUACGACAAGUAACCUAUUUCGUUGGACGUGAUUCUCGUCCAUCUGCAGUUGUCAUACACGAUUUCAACAAUGAUGGUAAACUAGACUUAGCCAUUGACAAUUUUAACGAUAACUAUAUACUUAUUCUAAAUGGUGACAAUAAUGGAACAUUCGUUGAAGGAGGACAAUAUUCGACUGGCACUGGAUCUUCUCCACAAUAUCAAUGUCUUGCUGACUUGAAUAACGAUAAUCGAAUGGACAUAAUUAUCGCUAAUGUAGGUAGUGACUCUGCAGGCGUCCUUCUUGGACAAGAUAAUGGAACUUUUGCUAAUAUAACAACAUACUCUACUGGUGUUGGUUCCGGUCCAUGGUUCGUCGCUGUUGGUGAUCUUAAUAACGAUAAUCAUCCAGAUAUUGUCUCUGCGAAUUAUAACUCUGACAAUAUCGGUGUUCUUAUUGGAUUUGGCAAUGGAUCGUUAGCUGAUGUGGUGCUGUAUUCUACUGGUAUCAAUUCUAAUCCAAUAUCGGUCACUGUCGGUGAUGUCAACAAUGACAAUCAAUUAGAUAUUGUCGUCAGUUUAUACUUUGCUUGCAGCGUAGCUGUUUUUCCCGGAAACGGUACCGGAACCUUCGGAAUGUUUGCAACUUAUUCUACGGGUAAGCUUUCAUAUCCUUUCGUUGUCGUUCUUGCUGAUUUCAAUAGAGACAAUUAUCAAGAUAUAGCCGUUGCUAACCAAAAUACUGGAAAUGUAGGUGUUUUUCUUGGAAUUGGGGAUGGCACUUUUAUGAAUCAAGUUACUUUUUCAACAGGACUUGGCACUCUACCAUAUUUCAUUACUCUUGCUGACUUUAAUCAUGACACUUAUAUUGAUAUUGCUGCCACCAAUACUGGCAGUAACGAAGUAAUAAUCUUUUUCGGCAAUGGUAAUGGGGAUUUCGAACUUGCAAGAAGAUAUUCGACUGGCUCAGGUUCAGGUCCAUAUGGUAUCGCCGUUGCAGAUCUCAACAAUGACAAACAGUUAGAAAUUGUCGUCACUUAUUGGGGCAAUGGAUAUGUAGCUGUUUUAACUGAAUAUAAUGCUGCAAAGUUUGUUAACCAAACUGCAUAUUUAACUGGCUCUGCUCCUCAUCCAUACUCAUUAGCCGUUGGUGAUUUCAAUAAUGACAAUCGAUCAGAUAUCGUUGUUGCCAAUUCGGACACUAAUGAUCUAACUAUAUAUUUUGCUUCGAAUAAUGGAUCGUUUGGCGCACAAACAGUGCUUCCAAUUGGAAUUGAUUCUUAUCCUCAACAUGUCAUCAUCAGUGAUAUCAAUACAGACAAACACUUAGACAUAAUCACUGUUAAUUCAAAAAGCAAUACUAUGAGUAUAAUCAUGGGAGAUGGGAAUGGCAAUUUUACAGGUCAAAUCAAAUAUUCAACUGGAGAUAGUUCACAUCCAUAUGACAUAGCUAUGAGUGAUUUUAAUAAUGAUGACCGAGUCGAUUUUGUCAUUGCUAAUGAAGGAACAGAUAGUAUAGGCGUAUUAUUUGGAUUUCGUUAUGCAUCAUUUCAAAAUCUAACGAUGUAUUCCAAUGACAACAAUCAGAUGCCAAUGGCCAUUAUCGUUAAUGAUUUCAAUAAUGAUAAUUAUAUUGAUAUUGCUGCUGUCUUUGCAGUGACUGACAAUUUAGCUGUUCUUCUUGGAUACGGAAAUGGAAGCUUUGGUCCAAUGAAAGCUUAUUCGACUGGAAUUGAUUCAACGCCAUACAUGUUAGCUGCUAAUGAUUUCAAUAAUGAUGACCAAAUGGAUAUUGUCGUGGCUAAUUAUGGAACUAACAAUUUAGGUAUUUUACUUGGAUAUAACAAUGGAAGUUUUGCCACUAUGACAACAUAUUCAACUGGAUUUCAAUCGACUCCAUACUACGUUACUGCUGCCGAUCUUAAUAAUGAUAAUCAAACAGAUAUUAUUUCGGUUAAUACUGGCAGUGACAGUAUAGGCAUUUUUCUUGGAUACGGUAAUGGAAGUUUUGCUGUAAUGAUCACAUAUUCAACUGGAGAUUCUUCUAUUCCAUGGGCAGCCGCCGUUGGUUAUAUCAACAAUGAUGGUCGAUUAGAUAUUGUCGUGGUUAAUUAUGGAACUAACAGUGUGGGUAUUUUUCUUGGAUACGGCGACGGCAGUUUUCAAAAUCACGUGACCUAUUCAACAGGUUAUCAAUCUUACCCGACAUCGGUAGUUAUUGGUGAUUUCAACCAUGACAACCAGUCUGAUAUUGGUGUUGCUAAUUUUAAUGCUAACAAUGUGGGUAUUUUUCUUGGAUAUGGAAACGGAUCUUUUUCUACUGUUGUGCCGUAUUCAACUGGAGAUAGUUCCUCUCCACAAUAUGCUGUCGUCGGUGAUUUUAACAAUGAUAAAAUCUUAGAUAUUGCUGUUGCUAAUUAUGGCACUAGUGACGUUGCUGUACUCUUUGGGUUUGGGGACGGUACUUUUUUAUUGGGUACUGCAUAUUCAACUGGUAUGGGAUCCGUACCAUGGUCAUUAGCUGUUGCUGAUUUCAACAAUGAUACACGAUUAGAUAUCGCUGCUACCGGUACUCUCUUGAAUAGUAUAGUUGUACUUCUUGGAUACGGAUAUGAAACUUUUGCGGGUGUAACAAAAUAUAAUACUGGUGACGGAUCAAUGCCUCACUCAGUUGCUGUUGCUGAUUUCAACAAUGAUGGUUGGUCAGAUGUUAUUGUGGCUAAUUAUGGUACUGAUAGUGUUGGUCUUUUUCUUGGAUAUGGUGCUAAAGGUUUUGAUAGCAUGGUAACAUUUUCAACGGGAAUUAAUUCAGCUCCUUAUUGUCUUGCUAUUGGUCAUUUCAACAAUGAUAAUCAUUUAGAUAUUGUUGUUACCAAUUCUCAAACUGAUAAUGUCGUUAUUCUUUUUGGUUUUGGUAAUGGAACGUUUAGUAUUGGAGUGAUAUAUUCAACCGGAGCACGAUCUCAGCCAUCCGCAGUAGCUGUAGGGGAUUUGAACAAUGAUAACAUAUCGGAUAUCGUCAUUGCAAACUUUGGCACCAACUUUAUACUUAUUCUUUAUGGAUACGGAAACGGAACUUUUGGAAACGAUACAUUGUAUCAAUUAGGCUAUGAAUAUCGUCCUACUUCGGUUGUUCUUGCAGAUCUGAAUAAUAACAAUUGGAUGGACAUUGCCAUAGCAUGUUAUAACACUGGUCACCUAGAAAUUCUAAUGAAGAUGUGCUAG